UCCUUGUUCAAUCUCUCUCUCCUCUCUCUCUCCCUCACUCAUGGAGACGACGCAGUCGACGACCAAGACUUCCCUCUCCGACAUCGGCGAGAAAUAGCAGAGCUAGGAGCUUUCUCAAGCGGAGCCAUUCCGGCGAGAGCGAAGCGGUGCUGAGCGAGAGAUCUGUGGUGAGAGGAAGUGCGGGCCAUGGAGGAAGAGAAGAGUGGCGAUCUGGUUCAGAGCCUGAUUGAGUUGGUGGGAGAGAUAGCGUCGAUCUCGGAGUACAAAUGCACGGUGAAGAAGCAGUACUGUAAUCUGGCGAGGAGGCUCAAGCUUUUGACCCCGAUGUUCGAGGAGAUUAGGGACAGUAAAGAGGCGCUGCCUCAGGAGACAGUCAAGGCCUUGGCUUCUUUCAGAGAUGCUCUGCAAUCGGCCAAGGAUUUGCUUCGAUUCGGCAGCGAAGGAAGCAAGAUUUACCUGGUCCUGGAGAGGGACCAAGUAAUGCAGAAGUUCCAUGAUGUGACUGCUCAAUUGGAACAAGCUUUGAGUGCAAUUUCCUACGAGAAACUUGACAUAUCAGAUGAAGUUAAGGAACAGGUCGAGCUCGUUCUUGCUCAAUUCAGAAGAGCCAAAGGAAGGGUUGAUGCACCCGAUGUUGAGCUGUAUGAGGACCUCUUGUCCCUUUACAAUGAAAAUGACACGUCAGAAGAUCCAGCUGUCCUUAGGAGAUUGGUUGAGAAAUUACAAUUGAUGGGAAUAGAUGAACUUACACAAGAGUCACUGGCUUUACAUGAGAUGGUAUCUGCCACUGGGGGGGAUCCUGGGGCGAGCAUUGAGAAGAUGUCAAUGCUACUGAAGAAAAUCAAAGAUUUUGUGCAAACCGAAAACCCCAAUAUGGAUGCUCCUGCAAGAGAAAAAAGUAUUCCUGCAAGUUGCAGUGGACAAGCAUCCACUGAAAAGAAUCACAAGACUCCAGUUAUACCAGAUGAUUUCCGCUGUCCAAUAUCACUGGAGCUGAUGAAAGAUCCAGUAAUUGUUUCAACAGGACAGACAUAUGAACGUUCCUGUAUAGAGAAGUGGCUGGAAGCAGGCCAUGGGACAUGUCCAAAGACGCAGCAGAGUCUCUCUAGCACCGUCCUCACACCAAACUAUGUCUUGCGUAGCCUCAUAGCCCAGUGGUGUGAGGCGAAUGGUAUUGAACCUCCAAAACGGCCUAGCAGCUCUAGGCCCAGUAAAACUACGUCUGCCUGCUCACCUGCUAAACCUGCUGAACGCACUAAGAUUGAAACUCUCCUGCGCAAGCUCACAUCUGGAAACCCCGAAGACCAGAGAUCCGCUGCAGGAGAGAUUCGCCUUCUUGCAAAACGCAAUGCAGAUAAUCGUGUGGCUAUUGCUGAAGCUGGUGCUAUCCCUCUCCUCGUAAGCCUCCUUUCAACACCUGAUUCCCGCACCCAAGAGCAUGCGGUAACAGCACUUCUUAACCUUUCCAUAUGCGAGGAUAACAAAGGAAGCAUCGUAUCUUCUGGAGCAGUUCCUGGUAUUGUACAUGUCCUCAAGAAGGGAAGCAUGGAAGCACGGGAAAAUGCGGCUGCCACCCUUUUCAGCCUUUCUGUUGUGGACGGUAAUAAGAUAACCAUCGGCGCUUUGGGGGCGAUUCCACCACUUGUGACGCUGCUGAGCGAAGGUACCCAAAGGGGGAAGAAGGAUGCUGCAACAGCACUCUUCAACUUGUGCAUUUACCAAGGGAACAAGGGGAAGGCAGUAAGGGCCGGUGUUGUUCCAACACUGAUGCGCUUGCUGACUGAACCUGGAGGUGGAAUGGUGGAUGAAACACUAGCAAUUCUGGCAAUACUGGCUAGCCAUCCCGAAGGGAAGGCAGCCAUCGGAGCUGCUGAGGCAGUUCCUGUUUUGGUAGAGGUUAUUGGGAAUGGAUCCCCUCGGAACAGAGAGAAUGCAGCCGCAGUUUUAGUUCACCUUUGUGCAGGUGACCAACAACACCUCGUGGAAGCUCAGGAGCUUGGUGUGAUGGGUCCGCUGGUUGAUUUGGCACAAAAUGGCACAGACAGAGGCAAGCGAAAGGCUGCACAGUUGCUCGAGCGUAUGAGCAGGUUCGUUGAGCAACAAAAGCAAGCUCAGGCGCAGGCCGAGGCUCAUGCUCAGAUCCAGCAGCCACCCUCCACAGCAAAUGCUGUUGACGGCUGAGGGUUUUUUGUUUCCGUUUGUUUGCUUGGUUUCUUUUGUUCUCGUUAAGUAUCAAAGGAGGCGGCAUUGCUUUGCGGGGAAGGUGGAAGAUCACCUUUCAAAUCUGUAAGUUAAAAAUUCAUUUGUUGUGUGCAAGGAGGAUUAUACGUACAAGAGAUUCUUAAAAGAGAGAACAUCAAGGGUUGGGGGUAACCUAGAAAGCAGGCGGGCCGAAAUAUACCUGACAUUUAUUUUAAAAUUGUACCAUGGUAACAUUGUAAUCAUCCUCAGUUUUUAGUGAAGAGAUGUUUCCUCUA